GAUCGCACCAUCAGCCGUGUGCUCAACUGGGUGUGGAGGGGGUGGCCACAAGGGCCUUUUGCAUUGGAGUUCCAGCCCUUUGCAACCAGACAACACGAACUCUCGGCUCAUCACGGCUGUCUGCUGUGGGGAGACCGUGUUGUGAUUCACCAAAGACUCCGUCAACGCGUCCUUGAGGCUCUGCAUGUUGGGCACUCGGGAAUCGUCAAAAUAAAGGCGUUGGCUCGGUGUUACGUCUGGUGGCCUAACAUGGACGAUGCCAUCACUGCCUGGGUUUCCGCCUGUCAAGCGUGCCAAGAAUCAAGGCCUGCGCCACCGGCAGCUAAGGGAAACACCUGGGAGACGCCCAAGACACCCUGGUCGAGAGUGCACAUCGAUCUGGCCGGCCCCUUUCGUGGCCGGACCUUUAUGGUAGUGGUGGACGCCUAUUCCAAAUGGCUGGAGGUGGCCCUGAUGCCCUCCACCACUACCGAGGCCGUCAUCCGGGUGCU